AUGUAUUUUGUUGACAACAAUCUCAACAAAGUUAGAGUGUACAACAUUCAAACUCAGAACAUUACAACCGUUGCGCCUGGAAUAUCGUAUUCUGCGUCAGGAUGGGCAGCACCCAUCGGCAAUGAAGUGUAUUUUGGAAAUCAGGAUGCUUAUAUCAAAAAGAUUGGGGCCGAUGGAGCUGUCUAUGAUGUGGCAGGAUCAUAUGGCACAAAUACGGAAAAUGCAAAAGCAACAGAGACACCACUAAGGUCUGUGAAAGGCAUUGCAUGGUCUUCCCAAAGAAAUGAAUUUAUAACUUUUGAAGGCUAUAGAAUUCGAAGAAUGUAUUCCGUGUGUGCUUCUGGAUGGAUUGGACCUGAUUGUGGUAUUCCUCUUUGUUGGAACAAGACAUCAGUGCAAGGAUUCGGUGAUUACGGUCGAGCUUGUUUCGGUCGUGGUAAUUGCACCUCUCCCAACACUUGCUCAUGCAAUCAAGGUUUUUUAGGCCAAGAAUGUGAAUCCUUUUCAUGUUUUGGAAUACACUACUUGGACCCUUUUGUUUGUAGAGGUCAUGGAAGUUGCGUAGAUGUCAAUAAUUGUACCUGUUUACCAAAUUACACAAUUUUUGUACCACCUCCACCUCCUCCAUCCAACAACACGUCUAUUCAAUGCUUUGGUUUGAAUGCAACAGAUAGUCUAGUUUGUAAUGGGCAUGGAAGCUGCUCUAGUACUGACAAUUGUACUUGCUAUUCCAAUUACUCUGGUGCUAAUUGUUCCAUUCUUGUCACGGACUGUAUUAAUUGUGGUAACUCUUCCAACAACGACACCAACACAAACAAUAACACUGGACUCAUUCAAUGCUUUGGAUUGAUUGCAUCGGAUGCUCGGGUGUGCAAUGGACAUGGAAAUUGUUCAGGAACUAAUAACUGUACCUGCGAUAGUCAUUACUCUGGUGUAAACUGUUCUGUCACCACUUGUUUUGGAGUCUUCAGUAAUAGCAGUAACGUGUGUUCAGGAUCUGGAACAUGCGCUGCUUUGAAUCUGUGCAAUUGCAGAUCAAAUUAUUACGGAGACAAUUGCGAGCACAACAGUAUUCACUAUGGAAACAACUCGACACAAAUUUUGCCACCCAAAACAGAAACUUCCCUUACCUUUUUGUGGUUCAUUUUACCAUUGGGACUUUUGAUUAUUGGCGUUGUCAUGGUUUGUUUUGUCGUUGUCUUUGUCAUCAAGUUGAAAUCCCGACGAGCAACCAAGAAGACACCAGUAGCGAUCAAAGAGCAAGAAUUGACCUCAGUGAACAUUAUGUCUGCAUGA